GUCACGAGAGUGCGCUCUGGAAGUCUAGGGGUAAUGGUGAGGAUUCGCAUUGCUGAAGAUUGCGGGACGCUCCGAGCAUGCGCAGUGCGGAUGAUUGCCCACUUGAGCAUGCGUAGUGAGGCGCUCAUCCCCCUCUGGGCAAGCUGCUGGCAGACACGUGAAGGUCUCGCUCGCUCCCAGCGGCGAGGUGUGUGCCUGGAGCCCGGCAUGGAGGCCUCGUCCCCCGCGGGCCUGGGCGCCACCGACCCGCAGCUGCAGCAUUUCAUCGAGGUGGAGACGCAGAAGCAGCGCUUCCAGCAGCUGGUGCAUCAGAUGACCGAGCUGUGCUGGGAGAAAUGCAUGGACAAGCCUGGGCCCAAGCUGGACAGUCGGGCAGAGACCUGUUUUGUGAACUGUGUUGAGCGCUUCAUAGAUACCAGUCAGUUUAUUCUGAACCGGUUGGAGCAGACACAGAAAUCCAAGUCAGCCUUCUCAGAGAGCCUGUCUGACUGAACAGGGCAUGGACUUCUCUGUUUCCUUAAUAAAAAGAACUGCACAUCAAAUGGGAGAGAGAGAGAAAAAGGAGAGCGGCUGAUGGGACAGCUAUAGAAGACAAGCUGUGGGGAGGUUGGCUCCUUCCUCUGUCAGAUUCUAGAGUGUCCUGUCAUCUGAAUGAGCUGAGAUCAGUUUUUUGUUUUGUCCUUUAAAAUGCCAAUCUUGUGAAAAUCACAGCUAGACAAGAGAGCUUGUAACAGAUGCACAUUUACUACUCUACUUGACGGUGUACUGUUCUCAUUCCCACUGACUACCUUUCAUACAUAAGCUUCACACUGGGAUUGUGUGGACGGAACUCCUUAGGUCGAGCACACUAACUCCAAAAUGUUUAACUGGGGGAGCACGCUGGGAUAUCUAGGAGGAAGUAUUCAAGUACUGGAGACAGUGGGGAAUGAAACACUAAGUGAAGCUUAGGAAGGGGACCACCUUAACUGGUCCUGUAUUCACAAUCCGUUUUUAUGAUUAACCCUCGCCUGAGACUAGUGAAUCUUGGUCUUAGAACCAGACUGCAGCUGAGUUGAUCUGUGCCUUCUACAUGCUUGUGAGGCAUGGCUAGGGAAGGACAACCGCUUGAGUUGCAGGACUGCCCCAGUAUAGCUUAUCCUUUGGGAGAAGAACUUGCCCAAGGAUGUAGCUUUGGGAAGAGAUUUUAAGCCUCACUUUGUGGCCAAGUAACAGUUGUUUCAACUAGAAUUGCAACAUUGUUCAAAUUGAUUUGUUCCAUAAACUGCUUUCUCCUGAUCAUUGGAAUAAAUAUUCAUUGGAUCAA